AAACCGAAAAGCUUAUUACAUAAAACGCAAUUGUGUUAAAUAUAUAUAUCACAACAGAUCGCACGCUGUUUAAGCCAAAUGCAAAUGCCUUGAAUUUUGGCCAAAGUGCGCACACACAGAGAGAGUGAAAGAGAGAGGGAGAGGGAGAGUCUCAGUUGGAUAUCAGCUUGUUGUUUGGCCCUCAAUGCCAUGUGCCUGCUGCCAUAAAAAAAAGCCGCGCUUCCUAAUUGAAAAGCUGCCAGCUAAAUGGACGCGUAGCACGCGGCAAACUCUGUGCGUGUGUGUCUGAGAGAGAGAGAGACAGAGAGAAGGAGAGCGAGAGAGAAAGCCAGACGCAGUGCAGUUUUUGGACAUCAGCGCGUGUUGGCAAGAAAGCAGCCAAAACAAACGAGCUAACAAAAAUCUCUGGCCAAAAUGUGCAGCUCCACAAAAAUGGUUUACAGUUAUAGAAUUUUAUGGCUUUCCGGCGUUUUUCUAGCUCCGCUAUUGCUGGCCGCCACCGAUGCUCAGGAGCCAGCCAGUCCAGUAUUUCAGAACCACAAGACGAAGGAAUGGACGAAUUUAGAUAAUAUAACAUUCUCAUUCGAUUGUAAGCGGCGUUCGGUGGGCUUCUAUGCGGACAUGGAGUACAAUUGUCAGAUAUUUCACAUGUGCGACGAGGAGGGCAAUCGAAUACCGCAUUUGUGCGCCAAUGAGACGAGCUUUAAUCAGGAGUACAGAAUAUGUGAUUGGGACUACAAUUUCAACUGCACAGAAUCGCCGAAAUGGUUCUAUCUGAACGAGCUGACGUAUGCAACGGAUCCGCCAGACGAAGACGACGAGGACUAUUGAGUGCAAAUCAAUUAAUAUUUAUUGUCUUUGAGCAGCGACAAACAACUAAUUAAAUUAAAUGGAGCAAGAGGACGAUUCGAAGAGGAAUGAAGAGAGAGAGAGAGAGAGGAACACGGUCCGUGUUAAUUAACUAAUUUAAGAGAUUUGUUGACGAUUUUGUUGAGUUUCCUUUUGUACAAUUGAAUGUAGUCUAAUUUCGAGAAUCGACGCCGAUGUCGCCGUGUCGUGUAUGUAAAUAAUGUAAAUAGAAGGCCGCCACAAACUAACAGCAUUCCCGAGCCGAGGCCGCGGUAAUUUACAAAUAAUUUUCUUGUUUGUAAGCAAAUGGAUAGAAAACACAAAACAAAAACAAAAUCGAAAUUAAGCU